AUGAGAGCCUUUGCAUCUUUGCGAUCAGCUUUCAGCACCGUCACAGAUACGGGCCGAGUCCCAAACGAGAUUCGCAUCUGCCUUGAACUUGUACAAACCUGCCACAAAGAUCUCCAGGAUUUGAUUUCUCUGCGCAAUGACCAUCUCAUACUCCUCGAAGCGGCUCCCGCCCAGAUAUUGCAGCGACUGAAUAGCGUAAUCGACCAAGCGAAUCGCGGCCUGGCGGCAGCACGGUGCAUUGUAGAAAGAUGCCGCCCCGAAGCCAACCGCGGAAGAAGAACAUCUUUACACGGUCAACUCGAGUGGGUUUGGGGCGCCUCAUCAGAGUUUCGGCGCCAGGAACCGUUAUUGAGCCGCCACCAUGCCGCUGUACUGGCCGAGCUGAAUUUCCUGCGACAACUGACGACGUGGGCAAUGUUGGACGGCAGUACUGCGCGGGUGAACCACAUUGCUGCGCUAUUGAGCAGCGACCAUGAUUCAAAAGGUACCACCGCCUUUGAUGGCUUCUGGGCCGCGAGCGUGGACGCCGAGUUCGAGCCGCCACGAGACGCCACCGAAUACGAGCGCAAAAAUGAUUGA